GGCUUUUUAAAUUUUGCGGAUGACGAGAUUAGAAUUGUUUAGUCCGUUGGUUAUUUCUCUGUUCCUAAAACUCACGCAAUGAAUGAACUACAUUAAAAUCAGUACUAAAUGAAACCUGUUAUAUUACUGCUAUGCACUCGUGUUAUCCUGGACUAUAGACUCCAGAUAAAAAUUCGAUUAUACAUUUAAUCCUUAAAGGAAAUCCGAUCAUAUUUCUCCGAAAGGCAAAGUGAGAACCAAUUAGAUCACAGCGCGGGACCCAGGAAUCAAACUGACCGCUCCUAUAAAUAAGGUCCGAGGCCGCACUGGCAGCAUAACCCUCUCCUGCCAGUUUUCUGUUAACCCCAUGGCGCGCACUAAGCAGACUGCUCGCAAGUCCACCGGCGGCAAGGCACCGCGCAAGCAGCUCGCCACCAAGGCGGCCCGCAAGAGCGCUCCGGCCACCGGCGGCGUGAAGAAGCCGCACCGCUACAGGCCCGGCACCGUGGCUCUGCGCGAGAUCCGCCGCUACCAGAAGUCCACCGAGCUGCUGAUCCGCAAGCUGCCGUUCCAGCGGCUGGUGCGCGAGAUCGCGCAGGACUUCAAGACCGACCUGCGCUUCCAGAGCUCGGCCGUGAUGGCGCUGCAGGAGGCGUGCGAGGCCUACCUGGUGGGGCUCUUCGAGGACACCAACUUGUGUGCCAUCCACGCCAAGCGCGUCACCAUCAUGCCCAAGGACAUCCAGCUCGCCCGCCGCAUCCGCGGGGAGAGGGCGACUCUUCCAUCUGAAAUUCAGGGAAUGAGCAAAGAAAUUUUGUCUCCUCGACUCCGCCCCACAGACACUGAGGCGUUUGUGGGCUGGAACAAAUUAGGUGGAAAAGGCCUUGGGAAAGGAGGCGCGAAGCGUCACCGUAAGGUUCUGCGGGAUAACAUUCAAGGUAUUACUAAACCCGCCAUCCGCCGCUUGGCUCGUCGCGGUGGGGUCAAGCGCAUCUCUGGCCUUAUUUACGAGGAAACUCGCGGGGUGCUGAAAGUGUUCUUGGAAAACGUGAUACGGGACGCGGUCACCUACACCGAACACGCCAAGCGAAAGACGGUUACGGCCAUGUACGUCGUGUACGCACUGAAGCGAGCACCCCCUCCUAGUUUAAUCCCAUUGUCUUUCACGCUAGCUAUGGCGAGGACUAAGCAGACGGCUCGCAAGUCCACCGGCGGCAAGGCGCCGCGCAAACAGCUCGCCACCAAGGCGGCCCGCAAGAGCGCGCCGGCCACCGGCGGCGUGAAGAAGCCGCACCGCUACAGGCCCGGCACGGUGGCUCUGCGCGAGAUCCGCCGCUACCAGAAGUCCACCGAGCUGCUGAUCCGCAAGCUGCCGUUCCAGCGGCUGGUGCGCGAGAUCGCGCAGGACUUCAAGACCGACCUGCGCUUCCAGAGCUCGGCCGUGAUGGCGCUGCAGGAGGCGUGCGAGGCCUACCUGGUGGGGCUCUUCGAGGACACCAACCUGUGUGCCAUCCACGCCAAGCGCGUCACCAUCAUGCCCAAGGACAUCCAGCUCGCCCGCCGCAUCCGGGGAGAGAGAGCAUAAAUUGGCUUAAUUGUCGAGUGGUAACAACUUAACCCCAAAGGCUCUUUUCAGAGCCAACCACUUAAUCUAUGAAGGGUGCUGUAAUAUGUCGGUAGAAAACAAGUUUGGCAGAGUUUGAAGAAACCUAUAUGCAGCUGCUUAGGAAUCCCUACGUUCUUUGUAAGUUUUCAAUAUAGCAACUACCUCCACGACGUAAACACUUCCAUUUUGCUUUAUUCUAUGUAGGUUCUGCGCAUUUCAGCGUGGUACACGGAUUUCCUGUUUUACCUUGAAUCACUAAGGGACAAACAAGAACCGGGUGGUAAGUGUAACAGAAACAAGUCUAAAAUGCUCAGGCCAAGUUACCCAUGGUAAUAAAUAGAAGUUUAUACAUGAGAUAAUUGAUGGAGUUCUGUCAGGUAUUGAGACUUGGAUGCUGAGAAGUGGAAGGCCUUGACCCUUGUAAGGAAAGUAUAUUCAUUAUUCCAACAAUGAAGUAAGAUUUUUAAUGCCAAAUAAAAGCAUAGCAUAUUAGAACUUUAUUUCCCAUGUUCUGUACUUUGAGAUUAUAGCGCAGUGAGUUUUAAUGUCUGCUUCUGUCUCAUCAGAUGAUGGAUGUCAAGAGAUGAGGCCCACGAAGGCACGAAAAGUAUCUAGUUAUUAAAUCCACCAAAACAACAGUUCUUUGUAUUAAAUUCUCAAGAAAUUUAGUGAAAUUAGAAUUUAAAAUAAAAAU